CAGCGCUAAAACCCUAAUUUUCCGGGCAAAGCCCUUGCAACUGGUCUCUUUCGCUGCGGCACAAUGGCGGCUUUCGAGCGAUUUGAGGGCGUGAGCGAUGUGAGACUGAAGCCUCGGAUUCUCCGGAAUCUGUUGUCCGAACAUGUUCCGCACGAGAAGCAGCCUCUGUCGAAUCCUCUAUCACUGUCGAAGGUUGUGUCGAGUAUCCAGACCCAUAGGCUAUUAUCGGAAUCUUCGACGGAGACGACGGAGCAAAAGCUCAUUGAGAAAUGGAAAUCGGUCGUUGAUGAUUGGGUUGAUCGGUUGUUGACACUUGUUUCUUCAAAUUUGCCAGAUAAAAGCUGGGCAGGUAUCUGUUUGAUGGGAGUAACCUGUCAAGAAUGCAGCUCUGAUCGAUUCUUUACUUCCUACUCUGUUUGGUUUGAUACGAUGCUAUCACAUAUUCGGCAGAAUCCAGGAGGUUCUAGAAUUGUUAGAGUGGCUUCCUGUACCUCCAUUUCAGAUCUUCUGACAAGGUUGGCUAGAUUUCCGCAUGCAAAAAAAGAUGCAGUUUCACAUGCUUCGAAACUUAUCCAACCCAUCAUAAAGCUUUUGGACGAGGAUGCUUCAGAAGCACUAUGGGAAGGAGCUCUUCAUCUGCUAUGCACAAUUGUAAUCUUCUUCCCAGCUGCCCUUUAUAGCAAUUAUGACAAGGUUGAGGCAGCCAUUGCUUCCAAAAUAUUUUGUGGGAAAACCAGUGAUAAUAUGCUAAAGAAACUCUCUCACUUUCUAGCAUUGCUUCCGAAAGCUAAGGGGGACGAAGGGAGCUGGUCGUUGAUGAUGCAGAAGCUUUUAAUUUCUGCAAACAUGCAUUUGAAUAACUUUUUCCAAGGUCUAGAAGAAGAGACAAAAGGUAAACAGGCAAUUUCAUUAUUGGUUCAACCAGGAAAGGAGUCUCCUCCUCCAUUGGGAGGUUCAAAUGGAGUUUUGAAUGAUGCAUCAGUGGAGUCUGAGCAAUUGAUUGUGUCCAGAGUUUCUGCAAUUAUGUUUUGCUGCUCCACAAUGCUGACUAGCUCAUACAAAACUAAGGUGAAUAUUCCAAUCCGCUCAAUAUUAUUCCUUAUUGAGCGAGUGCUGUCAGUGAAUGGCUCUUUACCACGCGCCAUGUCACCCUUCAUGACGGCGAUCCAACAAGAAUUGGUUUGUGCUGAACUUCCGACUUUGCAUUCUUCUGCUCUGGACCUCUUGCUUACUACUAUAAAGAGUAUUCGGAGUCAAUUUUUACCGCACGCUGCAUCUGUGAUAAGACUUGUUACAAGUUACUUCAGGAAAUGUUCUUUGCCAGAAUUGAGGAUAAAGCUCUAUUCAAUCACUAAAACCUUGCUCAUAUCCAUGGGUGUAGGAAUGGCAAUGCAUCUGGCUCAGGAAGUUGUCACGAAUGCUACUGCAGAUCUAACCAUCUGUGCUGAAGGCUGUGACGCACUGUCCAGCAAAAAUCCAAAACCUUCUAACGAGAUGGUUCUUCGUGGAAACAGUAAAAAGAGAAAGGCUAAUACCGGAAUUGAUAUCACACCACAUAAUGAUGCUAUAGAAGUGGCAGUCCCGGAUAAUCAUCCGAGCAGCCCUUUGUCUUUAAAGAUAGCAGCCCUCGAGGCAUUGGAAACUCUGCUCACCAUUGGUGGUGCUUUUGGAUCUGAGAGUUGGAGAGCAAACAUUGACAGUCUUUUAAUGGCGGCAGCAUCAAAUGCUUGUAACUCGGGAUGGGCAGACGCUUAUUCUACCCGAUUCCUUCCCAGUGAAUCCAUUUUAGGUCCAGUGGAGUUUCAGCUCGCCUCACUCCGUGCCCUUUUAGCAUCCCUUCUGUCUCCUUCACGUCUCCGGCCUGCAUUUCUAGCCGAAGGGCUUGAGCUUUUCCGAAUAGGUAAACUACAGUCGGAAAUGGAGGUUGCUGAAUUCUGUGCGCACGCUCUCUUGUCCCUCGAAGUUCUCAUACACCCUAGGGCACUUCCCCUCGACGAUCUCCCAUCCCUUACCAACCGAUACCCUGAAGGACAAAGGCGCAACCUGCUAACUUCGAACAAGACGAAUGGUAUCGGGAACGGUAUGACCGAUCACCCGUUUCUCGAUGAGGAUGACGAUCUAUGCAACAGGUGGCUUGAAACCGAUGACAUUACCUCUAACACUGAGAAUCAGAGAGCUGCAGAGACAACCGUAUCUCUCCCCGAAAUCAAGAAACUGAAACUCGGGGAAAAUGUACCUACGGUUGUGUAUGAGAACGUUCAAGAUGAUGUAGCCAUGGUCGAGCCUGAGAAUGUUCAAGAAGAUGUUCCUGAAUCAACCGAAAGGGCUCGGGGGCACGCCUCUGAUGAAACUGCUACUAUUCUCGAAGGAGAUUCGGCCGAAAUUGAAAAUGCAGAGAUCCAACACGUAGAUUCGAGUCACCAGAGAGACAGACCGGUGAAGAACAGUCUGAUGGAUGCAAUGGCCCUGGCAAAGGAAAAGACGGGAGAAGAAGCUCGAGAUGAUUCGGACGACGACUCGAUUCCGAGUCUUCAGGCCGAAGACUAUCUUUCUUCGUCCGAAUCCGAACAUGAAUCCAAUGCUUAGGGGAAACUGUUUUAAGUGUAAGAAAUCCAGUUUCUGGUGAAACAUCAGAGGUUUUGUUGUGUUAAAACUUCAAACUUUGCAGGAUGGUUAGAGAUUUCCAUAUGCCAUAAAGUUUUGUGUAAUAUCUUACAUUUGUUUCCAUGAAAGAAAGUAUGAAGCCUUUUUGCAAU